AUGGGCGAGACCAUGUCAAAGAGGUUGAAAUUGCAUCUGGGAGGGGAGGCGGAGAUGGAGGAGCGCGCGUUCACCAAUCCCUUCCCGGACUACGAGGCCGCCCUCGCCGCCGCGGGGCUCACUACCGGAACCUCAGAAGAGUCGGGCUGUGUUCGCACCCAAUCCACCACAGAUGAGCUCGGCCUUCCUUUCCACCACGACGGCAAGAUCAUUCACAAUUUUGUGAGGCGGAUCCAGACCAAAAUCAAAGAUCUUCUACAGCAGAUGGAAGAAGGGCUGAAGACAGCUGAUCCUCAUGAUUGCUCUGCUUAUACUGGUUGGACAGGCAUAGCCCUUUUGUACCUGCAGCUGUACCGGGUCACUUGUGACCAGACAUACCUGCUUCGAUCUCUGGAUUAUGUAAAGAGAACACUUAGGAACCUGAAUGGUCGCAGGGUCACUUUCCUCUGUGGAGAUGCUGGGCCCCUUGCUGUAGGAGCUGUGAUAUAUCAUAAACUCAAAAGUGACUGUGAAUCCCAGGAAUGCAUCACAAAACUUUUGCAGCUGCACAGAAGCAUUGUCUGCCAAGAAUCAGAGCUUCCUGAUGAGCUGCUGUUCGGUCGAGCAGGUUAUCUGUAUGCCUUACUGUACCUGAACACGGAGAUUGGCCCUGGCACUGUGUGUGAAUCAGCCAUUAAAGAGGUAGUAAAUGCUAUUAUUGAAUCCGGUAAAACCUUAUCAAGAGAAGAAAGAAAAACUGAUCGCUGUCCCCUAUUGUAUCAGUGGCACAGGAAGCAGUAUGUUGGAGCAGCCCAUGGCAUGUCUGGGAUCUACUAUAUGUUAAUGCAGCCUGCAGCAAAAGUGGACCAAGAAACCUUAAUAGAAAUGGUGAAGCCUAGUAUCGAUUAUGUACGCCACAAGAAAUUUCGAUCUGGGAAUUAUCCAUCUUCAUUAAGCAAUGAAACAGAUCGAUUGGUCCACUGGUGCCAUGGUGCCCCAGGUGUCAUCCAUAUGCUCAUGCAAGCAUAUAAGGUUUUUAAGGAGGAGAAAUACCUGAAAGAGGCCAUGGAGUGUAGUGAUGUGAUUUGGCAGCGAGGUUUGCUCCGAAAGGGAUACGGGAUUUGCCAUGGGACCUCUGGGAAUGGCUAUUCUUUUCUGUCUCUUUACCAUGUCACAAAGGAUAAAAAGUAUCUCUACCGAGCUUGCAAGUUUGCAGAGUGGUGUCUAGAUUAUGGAGCGCAUGGAUGCCGCAUUCCUGAUAGACCAUAUUCCCUGUUUGAAGGCAUGGCUGGCGCUAUUCACUUUCUCUCUGACAUCCUGGUACCAGAGACAUCACGAUUUCCAGCAUUUGAACUUGGCAUUUCACAAAGAAAUUAAAAAGAACUUUCUGAUGGAUAUGUGGAAGACAGAGAAGAGCUAGUGGAGACCCAUGACUAGGAAAACUUGUAAUAGGAGCUGCUCAGGGUGAGAUAAGGGUCUGAAGUAAAAUUCAGUAAAAUCUAAUGACUUAUUUGUUGGAUACAGUUGGCAAAGGAGACAAAUGAUUCCACCAAGAGAAAUGGUGCAUGGCUACACAGAAAACAGAGACCAGCAUGAAGAAGAAGAGCAAACAGGGAUGCAUUCUCUUCUGCUAAUACCCAGAUGCCAUGGGACAUUCAAGGGAAACUAUACAGCUAAAAUGUGGAUCUAAUAACAUCACCUGCUUAUGUUUGUCCCAGUGCAGAUGAAUGGAGGAGCAACAUAUCCUGACACUCAGCUAGCACAAAGAACCAAGGACACACCUUGCAUCUGUGGGGCCAGUGUGGCCAUGUGUGCCAACGAGGGCCUGGGCUGCUUCCCCUGUAUCAAAAAUUCUCUAAUUAAUCCAGAUGAAAAUUCAAUGAAUGAUGGCUUUGGCUUUCCAGUUUAGCUGAAAAUUUGGAUUUCACACUGUGAUCAAAUAUGAAUUCAACACUAAUAAGGGCUGGGGUGUAGCUCAAUGUGCCUCCACUGGGUAGAGUGCUUCCUUAGGCCUAGGAUUCAAUUUCCAGCAUUGCCAACAAACAAAUAACCUAAACCCAAAACAAACAAACAAAAAACAUGAAAGAAUAAAAUUCAUGUGUACUUACAAAAUGGUACUAGCCUUGAGUGACAGUUUAAUGUAUUUCUAUAUUCAUAUCUUUCUGGGUAACAUUUUAAAAAAUAAUCAAUAAAAGUAUAAUUUUGGGGGGGGGGAGUAGAGUUGAACUGGGGAUUGAACCCAGGGGAAGAUUAAUACUGAGCUAUAUCCCCAGUCCUUUUUAUUUUUUAGUUUUGAGACAGGGCCACAAUAAAUUGCCAAGGCUGGUCUCAAACCACCAUGCCCAACCCAUAAAAUUCUUUUUUAAAGGAAAAUCCUGCAAAAUAUCUGGUAGAAGAAAACCAUGAAAAAGCAAUGUGUAAAUGACCAUCUCUGUUCUUUUUGCAUCUUGAGGACAGUCUGUCCUUUUUACAUUCAAUCCCCCUAAUUCUCUCUUUUAUUUUAACUACUCUCUUGAGGUGUGACUGAUAUGCAAAAAGCUGUAUGCAAUGUAUAAAACAUGGGUUUGCCAAUGACUAAAUAUCCAUGAAAUCGUUACUAUAAUGUAUAGCAUAAACAUAUCUAUCUCCUCCAAAGUUUUCUCUAGCCUCUUAUUUACUAUUAGUAUUUUUUGUGAGUGAUAAGAACACUUAAUAUUAAGACCUACCCUCUUAACAAAUUUUUAAUUAUUACAUCACAGUUUAUUCAUUCUAGCCUGGAUGCUCUAAGACUAAUUCAUUUUGUUUAACCAGAACUUUGUAAAAGCAAGGUAAGAACUGCUCCAGGAAUUCUGAUAAUCCACUUGCAGUAUGCAAUCAACUAGUCAUCACUGCCCCCCCCCCCAGUCUCUCAGGUAGAAACUGGGAGAAGAGCAGCAUGAACACAAGCCACAAACCUACCCCUUAUCCUCACUGCACACCUGUUCACAAACCCAGAGCUCUAAUGAACAGAGCCUUACCAGCCCUCUGAGGCUCUGGGCUCUCAUGUAUUCUCAGAAAGCUCCUUCUAAGGAAGUGGGACCUCACAUACAAUGUCAAAACCAGUGCACCAGCCAAUGUCUAAAGCCAAUGCUGCCCACCACAGUAGAUAAGAGAUUCAAAGUUAAGGCAAAAUGUUUUAAAAUAACUAAGAAAUAGCUCAUUCUCUUGGACUCUGACACAUUGCUUUAGGUGAUAUGCUCUAAAAAGACCAAAUAUAACUUGAAGAAAAAUGUUUACAGCAGCACUUAUAAUACUAGUAAGUGCACAAUAAAUACAUUGAAUAGAUGUAUAAAUAAAAGGUAAAACCAAAAAUUAUCAGCAAUCAUAGAGGAGUUAGGCAAGUUCUAUUUAGUAACACAACAGUAAAUCCAGAGGCAUUAAGAAUGGCAGGGAAAUUACUGUUCCUACCCAGAAUCUUAUACAUGAAAUAAUUUUUAAGGAAAAAGGAAUAGAACAAAAUAAUAUGCAUAUAUGAACUGUAUACAAGUCGUACCAAUAAUGAUGUAAGAAUAUGAGGUAAUGAAUAUAUAAUCUUGGUCAUCAACAUUUAAAUGAAUAAAAUGGCCUGAAUUUUCUCUCUCAAGUCAUACUUUGUGGCAGUACCCUUUAUAAAUGUUUAUAGAAGACAGGAAAAACUAUAGGGAGGAGAGACAAGGACAGGGGGCUGGCUGACCUGGAGCCGAGUUGGGGGGCUGCCUGGUGUAGGACACGUUGAAAGCAGGCUCCUCGAUCAGCGGUGGGGGAUACAUGCGCCUCCGGAUGAAGAAGCCCGCUCCACAGCAGAAGAGCACACCCAUCAUAAGGAGGAACC